UCCAUUCAUUCAUUUAAUGACAACUUGAAAUUUGGGGUUUAUGAUAUGAAAAGGUCUAGAUCUAAUACGCUAGAUAUAUGUGAAAACAUUCCAAAUUUAAGAUCAUAUUUGAAUUUAAAUGUUGAAUACCUAAAAAAUAGCAUCGGAAAGCCCAUACUUACAAUUGAGAAAGGUGAUGUUUUAACGAAUUUGACUGAAAAACUUAAUGAUGUACAUGUAUACCAAAAUUUAAAGCAAAAAUUAAAGGAGACACAAUCAGAAUUGAAAUCAAAAAAUGAAAAGUGUGAAAUAUUGAUCCAUACUCAAGAGCAGACUCAAAAAGAGUUACAGGAUUUGACUGCCUCACUCUUUGAAGAAGCUAACAAAAUGGUACAAGACGCGAAUGCGAGACGAGUCAAUAGUGAAAAGAAAUAUCUAGAAGCUCGAUAUAAAAUCGACAUUCUUGAAGCCGAGGUUAAUGCUUUAAAGGCGCUUGUUUUGCAUUCUACCCCCCAAAACUGGAAUAAGAAUAUGCAUUACGCUCAUUUGCACAACAACAAAACUAAUAACCCCAAAUACCUCAAUCAAAACUGUGAUUGUCAUCGAUUUAACAAUAACUCCUCGAAUUGUGACAAUUCCAAUGUGGAUGGUCAAUGUGGUACAGCUGCUAAUGACAAGAAGAUAGGGGGGAUCCGUUUUUUACCCGGUCACAAGAGGUCUACAUCUGUUAUCGAGAUGAAAAACAAAUCGUCGGCGAAUAAUAAUUUGAAAAAUUUUCAUUUAAACCAUGGGACAUCUUUGAAUUCUCGUAAUACUCUGCACCACGAUUGUAAGAGUAAUAGUCUACCUAACAAAAAUAUGUAUCAAAAUAUGUUAAAUGCUUCGUCUCCCAUGAACCAUCACGAUUUUACAUCCAAAGAAAAUGACUUUUAUAAUAAUAGAGAAAUAGGAGCCAUUACCUGGGAGAAUUACGAGGUUGAUCCGGUAUACUUCGACGAAUUUGUCACGUGGCAUAGAAAUUAUAAUAUUGUAGCUAAAAGUAAUGGGUCCGAAUCUAACGGCUCCUCGACGGUACAAGAUGGUCAACACGAAAAUCCAUUCAUCAAGCGCUUAUACGAGCAAGAUAUACUGCCAGCGCUUGAAUUCAAAAAUAUACAAUUAAGUUCUCAGGUGCUCAAGGCUUUAAAGGAAAACUGUUUAACAAUAGAAACAAAUUUGUACAAUGAGGAUGCCAAUAUACCAAAACAAUGCUCGCUAACUAACACAACUAAAAUAUGCCCUUACAAAAUGAAACUGGAAGAAAUUGGGCCGUUUUAUUAUGUUGGCGAAUCCACUAGAAACAGGAUUGUUGCAGUCGGUGACAUGCUUAGUUAUAUAAGAUACAUUGAAAACGGAUUAUUGAACAAAACUGAAAUUAAAGAGAUAUAUUGGGAGAUUAUGAACCUCAAAAAACAAAUGUCACUAGCCAAAUUUUCUUUUUUAUAACCCCUCCAUUAAUGAGUUUUAUGGUUCAUAUAAAUUAUUUAUUAAUUUUAUAUUUAAAAAAAAAGAUAUUUAUAUUUUGAUAAA